CCCGCACCCGCUUUUGCCUCCUCGAUCGUCGCCAUUCCUCCCAAUUGCACCUGCCUCUUGCCAUCGCCAUGGCGAAGCCCGCCCGCUAUAACUUCAAGACCCGUCCGGUCGCUCAUCCAGAUGCAAUUCUCUCCGGUGACAAGUAUCGCUUCACUGUGCUGACCGAUGGUCUGCUGCGCUUCGAGUGGGCCGAGGAUGGCCAGUUUGAGGAUCGCGCAUCCACCUUUGCCAUCAACCGAGAGCUAGCAGUUCCCGACUUUUACGUUUGGGAUCGCGGUAACCAGGUUGAACUCGUCACCAAACGUUUCCACGUCGUAUACAACAAGAAGAAAUUCAGCGCCGAAGGCUUUGUGAUCCAACUCAAGGGCUCCGUUACCGCGAAAUGGACAUAUGGGCAGGAGGUAUCCAACCUGGGCGGCACAACGAGAACUUUGGACGGGGCAGAUGGCCGAAGAGAGCUCGGCCCGGGCGUUUUGUCGCGAGAAGGCAUUGCCGUGUUGGAUGACACCAAGACCAUGUUGUUUGAAAAUAACGGAUGGAUCGCUCCGCGCAAGAGUGGUGACAGGAGCGACACCUACAUCUUCCUCUACGGUCACGACUAUCGCGAUGCUCUCAGGGCUUACUACGCUGUCUCUGGGAGCCAGCCUUUGUUACCGCGAUUCGCAAUGGGCAACUGGUGGAGUCGAUACCAUCGCUACGACGAGAAAGAGUACAAUCAAUUGCUCGACCAUUUCAACCGCGACGAUGUUCCUAUGAAUGUCGCCGUAGUAGAUAUGGACUGGCACCUUGUUAGGCCAGGGGAAGAGAUCCCCGAAGGUCAGAACGGCUGGACCGGUUACACUUGGAACAAGAAACUGUUUCCUGACCCGGAUCAGUUUUUGAAGACGCUGCAUGAUCGCGGUAUGAAGAUUACGCUCAACCUACACCCCGCUGACGGUAUCCGACAUUGGGAAGAGCAGUACCCAGAGGUUGCUAAAUACAUGGGAAUUGAUCCAGCUAGCAAGAAAACUGUCGAUUUCGAUUGUACGGACAAAAAUUUUGUCGAUGCUUAUUUCGAUAUCGUUCAUCAUCAGCACGAAGCAAGAGGCGUAGACUUUUGGUGGGUUGACUGGCAGCAGGGACAAGGGUCUAAAAUCCCGGGGGUUGACCCUCUGUGGGUUCUGAACCAUUUCCACUUCCUGGACAUAGGCCGCGGCACUCAACGACCUCUGAUAUUCUCUCGAUUUGGCGGACCCGGGGCGCAAAGAUACCAGGUCGGAUUUUCCGGGGACGCAAUCAUCACAUGGAAUUCGUUAGACUUCCAGCCUGAGUUUACAGCGACCGCAUCUAACAUCGGAUACGGGUGGUGGAGCAACGAUAUUGGUGGACACACACAGGGCUACAAAGAUGAUGAGUUGUAUACAAGGUGGGUACAGUUGGGGUGCUGGUCACCUAUUCUGCGCUUGCACUCCGACAUGAACCCAUUCAACACUCGCGAACCAUGGGCAUUCACAGACGAAGCCUGCAAAAUUGUGGAGGACACACUGCGCCUACGACACCGUCUCAUCCCUUAUUUGUACACUAUGAAUGCGCGCUCGGCCAUGAACGAUGAGCCUAUCAUAACACCAAUGUAUUGGGAUUAUGCCGAUCGCGACGAAGCAUACCAAGUCCCGAACGAGUAUCACUUCGGCAGCGAAUUGAUCGUGGCCCCAAUCACCCAGCCACGCAAUACAACGACCCACUUGGGAGCUAUCAAGAUGUGGUUCCCACCCAAACGCUAUGUCGAUAUAUUCACCGGUACUGUGUAUGAUGGCGACCGUAAAUUUCAGCUUCAUCGCCCUCUGGACCAGACCCCCGUGCUUGCCUCCGAGGGAGCAAUCAUUCCUCUAGAUGCUGCUUGGCGUCCUAAGAGCGGCUCGCCCAACCCUGAGGCAGUAGAGAUCUUACUUGUAGUAGGCGCAAAUGGCUCUUUCGAUCUUCUCGAAGAUAACGGGACUGGAUCCUACGUCAGCGAUGGUGGAUUCCAGAUGGUGGAGUCAGGCGACACCGAUAUGGAGAAAGACGAGAGUGUUCAUCUUGUUACUACACCGAUUACGUACAAGCAAGACACGGGUGUCAUCACGAUCGGGCCCGCCUAUCCCGCGAACGAUCCUAGCAUUCCCAAGACCCGGGAGUGGAAAGUGCGUCUCAUUGCCCACACAUCUCAGAGCAGCACAACACCUGCUGGGUCAAUUCGCUGCAUCACCACUUCCUCCAAACGCGCGAAGUCGUUGUCAUAUAACGUGGAGUCCGUACACAAUGGCACCUUGAUCUCUCUCUCCGCUGUUCCAACGGCGCAGACCUGCAUUAUCGAGCUCCCUAUGACAUCUUCCGCUGCGGGCCCCCAACUCGAUAUUUUUGACCCAGUCCCACGCAUUACGAACGAGAUCUUGUUCAACGCUAACAUGUAUCUCGACAAGAAAUGGCAAAUCUCCAAUGUAGUAGGUGACGAGAAGAAGUCUGUUCUGCAGAAGGUCACCGAUUUGCAAAACAUGCAAAUAGAGGAGCCUCUACUCAACGCUAUACUUGAGCUAUUGACAGCGGAUGGUCGGUAUCAGAGCCCGGGCGUAUCGGGCGACUUCGACAUGUGCUAA